AUGACGCUUUUGAGCUACUUCUGGGGACCAGGCAUGGAAAUGCUGAAUAAGGAGAUGCCCCACUCUGAAAUGCAAAUCAAGUUUGGAUCCCAGCUCAGGCAUCAGGAACCAGAGGGCACCCCUCAGCUGGCACCACAGAAAGGGCCAAAAGAAGAAAACAUUUCCAUUGCUGCUGGGAGUGAUUCAGGCCCCUGGAAAAGAGUGAUCUCCAUAGAAGAGGAUCCUGUCUUGGACUUCAUGGAGGGACAGCAGUGUUUCCCACAAGAGCUUACAGGCCAAAGCUCUCUGCUGCGAGAACUGAAUGAUGCAAUAGCAGCUCUGAAACGAGGGCCAGAAAUACGGAGAGACGAGCUCCUCCCACAAAGAGAUGGUUCUUUACAGCUGAGCAGACAAGGUGGGGAUUCUGGGCAAGGAACUGAGCAGGUAAAAGAGGCAGAACAGGAGGCACAGUGGAGAAAUGACGCAGAAGCCAAGGUCUUGGAGGGGGCACUGGCAGUACUCGCCAAUCAGGCCACCUUACGAGGAGAGCCUUGGACUGAGGGACCAUCCCAAGCAGAACUUCAUGCUCAGGAAGCAGAGCAGGCUGGUGCUUCUCAGCCAGCAGGGCCGGAUCCAAUUCACCCAUUGGCAGUAACACAGGGAGUGAGCACCAAGGCAGAUGUGCAGCUCCUGGGUGAGGCGGAGACACUAGAAAUAAUGAAGGGGGAGAGAGAGGAUGCAGCUCUGCAGCCUCCUGCUGGGGCACAGGUCCUAGAAGAAACCCAAGGGGAGCAUGCUGUCACAGAUGUGCAACACCUGGAUGCGGGUGAGACAGUAGAAGACAGGCAAGGAGACAGGGUUGGUACAAGGGUGAAAUAUCUGGAUGAGGACCAAUGGUUGGCAGUACCACAGGGAGAGGGUCUUAAUGCAACAAUGGAGACCCUGACUGAGGCUCAGCUAUUAGAAGUAGUGCAAGGGCAAAGUGCAGAUGCAGAAGUGCAGCCCCUUGCAGAGGCUCUGGCAGUAGGAACAGGGCACAGCAACAGUAUGGAGGGGCAGGGUUUAAGAGCGGUCCAGGAAGAGAAUGCAAGUGCAGAUGUGCAGCCCCUGGAUAAGGCUGAGGAGCUUGAAGGACUAUGGGGAGAAAAUGGAGCAGGCAGGGAGUGUGUGGGUGAGGUUGCAACAGUAGAACGUAUGCAGGGAGAGAGAGAUGCAGAUGUGCAACAACUGGAUGAGGAGGAGGCAAGAGAAGCACUGCAGGGAGGGAGAGAGGAUGCAGAGAUCCCACUCCCGGAUGGGGUUGAGACACUAGAAAUAAGGAAAGGGGAGAGAGAGGAUGUAGAUGUGCCACACGGGGAUGAGGCAGAGGCUGUAGAAUCAAUGGAAGGAGAGAGUGCUGAUGUAGACGAGGAGCACCUGGAUGAGGUUCUGACACUAGGCAUGACAAAGGGAGAGAGAGAUAACGUGGAUAGGAAGCAUCUGGAUAAGGCUCAGGUACCAAGAGUAUCGCAAGGAGAUCUUGUUAUGGCAGAACUGUGGUCCCAGGAUGAGGCUGUGGUACUAGGAGCAAUGCAGGGAGAGAUCACUGGUGCCGAGGUGUGGUCCCUGAAUAAGGCUGAAACACUGGAAGUGAUGAAGGGUGAGGUAGCUGAUGAGGGGAGGCAGCAAUGGGUAGAGUCUCAAGAACUUGAAACCGCUCAUGGCAAGGGUGCUGAUACGGAUGUGCAGCACCUGGAGGCAGUGCAAAUGUUAGAAGUAACAAAGGCAGGGAGUGCUGAGGUAGAUAUGGAACAUCUGAAUGAGGCCCAGUUAGUGGCAGUAGCACAGGGACAGGGUGUUGAUACAGAUGGACAAAACAUGGAUAUGGCAGAGACAGUAGAAAUGCCAAAAGGAAAAAGUACCGAUUCAGAUCUGCCAUGUUUGGACAAGGCCCAAAUGUUAGACAUACAAGAGGGAGAGGAAACUGAUGCAGGUAUGGAACAUCUGGAUGAGGCCUGGUCAUUGACAGUACCACAGGGAGAGGGCAUUAGUACAGCUGUGCAGAUCCUGAGUGAGACUCAGCUAUUACAAGUUACACAGGAGGAAAGUGCAGACACAGAAAGAGAUGUGCAGUCCCUGGAGGAGGGGCAGGCAUUAAGAGGAGCCCAGGAGGAGAGAGUAGCAGCAGAUAUACUGCCCUACAAUGAGAAUCAGGAACAAGAAGAAACAAGGGGUGCAGACCCAGAGCAUCUGGGUAAAGUUGUGAUGGUAGAAGUAACAACAGGAGGGAGAGAGCUUCCAGUUAUGCAACACCUUGAAGAGGCUAAAAAGCUUGGUGUGAUUCCCAGAGAGAGAGAAGAUGCAUGUAUGCAGAUCCUUGAUGAGGCUCAGGUCCUACAAGGAACCCAGGGGGAGCAUGUUGACAAAGGUGAGUCACUAACAAUAAUGACAGGAGAAAGAGAGGAUGUAGAUGUGCCACACUUGGCUGAGACAAAAGCAUGA